AUGGACGCACCGUACGCGCGCUGCUGAUCUGUGAUGACCGGUCCGGUCCGGUUCUGACGGUGGUUUCCGGUGUUGUUUGCUCCUAAAGGAGUGCUUUUUCCCGGUCCUCCUCCGGGGCAGGAUGGGGAGCACCACCUCCUGCUGCGCGUCCACAAGCCCCAAAGUGCGCAGGAACGCGCACUCCAGACUGGACCGGUACCAGCUGGAGCCGGACCUGAACCGCGACGAGACGGGAUGUAGCCUCCAGCACAUCAGCGACCGGGAGAACGGAGACGAGUUGAACCUGCAGUUGAAUCCAUCCGACCAUCCUCAGGCCACUACCCUGUUCCUGAGCAAGUCCCAGACUGAAGAGACAGAAAAACCGCAGAGCCUCUGCAAAAACAAUCCUUUCUCUCCUGGUCGUAAAUCCAGCUCCUGCUCCACCAUCUUCCUGGAUGAGAACACCGUCAGCCAUCCCAGCCUCAAAUACACCAUUAAAUGUGUAGCACUGGCAAUAUACUACCACAUCAAAAACAGGGACGCUGACGGAGGAGCGCUGCUCGACAUCUUUGAUGAGAGACGUCACCCUCUUUCAAACUCUGAGGUUCCACUGGACUAUGACCAACACGACCCCGAGCACAAGCAGAUCUACCGCUUCGUUCGGACCUUAUUCAGCUCCGCUCAGCUGACGGCCGAAUGUGCAAUAGUCACAUUGGUUUACCUGGAGCGGCUCCUGGCAUACGCAGACAUGGACCUCCGUCCUGGAAACUGGAAGAGGAUGGUCCUGGGCGCUGUCCUGCUGGCGUCCAAAGUGUGGGAUGACCAGGCCGUGUGGAACGUAGACUACUGCCACAUCCUGAAGGACGUCACAGUGGACGACAUGAAUGAGCUGGAGCGUCAGUUUCUGGAGUUGCUGCAGUUUAACAUCAACGUUCCGUCCAGUGUUUAUGCCAAGUACUACUUUGACCUGCGAUCGCUGUCCGAGUCCAACCACCUGAACUUCCCCCUGGUUCCGCUGAGCAGAGACAAGGCCCAGAAACUAGAGGCUAUUUCCCGACUCUGUGACGACAAAUACAAGGAUGUACGGCGAGCGGCGAGGAAACGUUCAGCGAGCAUGGACCACCUGAGUGGGACCAGGUGGGUUCCUGCCAUCCUGUCCUGACCCGGACCAGCAUGAGGAUCUGGAUCUGGAACCAAUCUGAACUGAACCUGAUCCCAGACCUUCACACCGGACCCAGAUCUCAGGCCUUCAUACCAGACCCAGAUCUCAGACCUUCACACUGGACCCAGAUC